AUGCAGCCCAAGCUUUCUUCUGCCAUUGCGGGCCUUUUGCCUGCGAUGCUGGUGGCGGCAGCUCCAGCUCCCCAGAUUCAAUCACUCGGUGAGAAUACCGGGCCUGUUGCGGGCGUCACUCCUCCGAUUCCUACCGUUACUGCUGCCUCUGGCAGUCUUUAUGGUAGCACCGGACUCCAGGGAGGUGUUGCUCCAAUUCCGGACACUAGCGAUGGCACUGCUGUUGUUAAAAACGUCAAGGAAGUUCCUGGACAGGAUGCAGAUGCCAACCUUGGCCUAUAUCUCGACUUCAACAGCGUUGAUGAACCGCAGCCCAUCCGUGGUGCCUUCGGUGGCAGCGAUGCUGGUCCUCGCACGUUUGAGUAUGAGAAGUUGAACCCCGAUCUGUUUGCAGCCCCCGGAACGGACUCGGGCGCUGUGCCAAAUGCCGUCUGGCCCCUUGGUCUAUCUCACAACCGCCCAGGUGCUUCUGGCAGGGCUGGUUGGGCCCGUCAGCAAAACACUGCCGUGCUUCCCGCUGCUAAAGAUAUGGCUGGUGUUGAUAUGAAGCUCGAGCCUCACGCUUACCGUGAGCUUCACUGGCAUACUGCCGGCGAAUGGGCCUUGAUGUUGAAGGGAUGCGUUCGCGUUGCGGCCAUUAACGACAAUUCCCAGACCUUUACCGACGAUCUUUGCGAGGGUGACGUUUGGUUCUUCCCUGCCGGUGUUCCCCACUCUAUUCAGGCAUUUGAGAACGGUGCCGAGUUCUUGCUUGUGUUCGACCAGGGUGACUUUGAUGAGAACGGAACUUUCCUCAUUACUGAGAUGUUUGCCCGUACUCCUCGCUCCGUCUUGUCCAAGAACUUCCGCGCUCCCGUCGACGCCUUCAAGAACCUGCCGAAUAACCAGCUCUACAUCUUCAACGGAACCCCUCAGCCCAAGGAUAUUAGCAAGCAGAACAUUACUGGACCCAACGGUUCCCUCACCGGACCUAGCGGCUACACAUACCACUGGUCUCAGCAAAAGGCAUUCGAGACUCCGGGAGGCUCUGUCAAGAUCCUGGAUCCUACUACUUUCCCCAUCGCCUCCACAUUUUCCGCCGCUCUGGUUACUGUUCAGCCUGGUGCUAUGCGAGAGCUCCACUGGCACACAACUUCGGAUGAAUGGGACUACUUCCUCCAGGGUUCUGGUCGUGCUACUCUCUACAAGGCCCCUAGCUCUGCCAACACCUUCGACUUCACUGCUGGCGAUGUUGGCUACAUCCCCCAGGCUGAUGCCCAUUACAUUGAGAACACCGGCACUGAGGAUCUCAUCUUCCUUGAGGUCUUGCAGGCUUCUCACUUCUCUGAUAUCUCUGUUGCUCAGUGGCUUGCCCUGACUCCUGAGCAGACCAUCAUUGACCACUUGAACAUCUCUUCCGAUGUUAUUGAGGCCAUCCCUAAGGAGAAGACCAUCCUCAAAACUGGUAAUGUCAAUCUCACUGAGAUUGUCGACACUGGCAAGGCUUACUAA